AUGUCUAAUCGCUCGGAUAUCCCCUGCUCUGAGGAAAUGAGAGAGUACUACGAAAGCAUCCCAGCUCAUUGGCCCGAAAUGCCAGCGACCCCGUUCGUGGGCUCUCACAGCCCUUACUGCACAGAGCCUCUAGCUCCGAACGGCAUGCUCACACCUAUCAGUCUCCCGGACAGCUCGUUCCGUGCCAGCCCAGCAAUCAGCUACCACGCACAAGGCUACCACGUGCAUGAAUACCAAUAUAGCAUCAAUGACCCCCUCUCAGCUCCACUGGGUCUCGGUAUCUCUGCACCCUUCCCGAGUGACUAUCCCCGGUCUUCAGCCCCCGAUCCCACAUACCUGUAUGCCCCGGACCCAAGUGGCAUCCAGCAUGGCGUGGCACAAACACCUAGCCAGUCGCCACAAGGUCCACCACCAGCCAAGCGUGCCAGACAUGUCUCGGCGGAGGCGUCCUCGCGCGAGCACCCAAGCAACACACCAAUCAACAUCGCUCCCAAUCCAGAAGGCGUCCUCCGCAUGGAGCAAAAUCGCCAGCAUGUCCAGCCAACUUCACACAUACUCCCCAAGGUCCGGGCCCCGGGCCGCGGCAGACGUGACCCCCAAGCAGAAGACGAAGACGCAUUUGUAGAAGAGCUGCGAGAUAAGCAAACAGCCUGGAAGGUCGUGCGCGAGGAAUUCCGCGAGAGAUUUAAUAAAGAUGCCUCCGAGGCGCGCCUGCAGAUGCGCCUUCAUCGCCGGCUGCGCGAGCGAAUGGUUCGCUGGGAAGAAUCAGAUACAAAACUCCUGAUCCACGCCCAUGGGAUCUGGGAAAAAGAUAAAUUCCAGUACCUUUCAGACAAGAUGAAAGAACUUGGUGGUACCAGAUGGUACUCGCCUGAUCAGUGCAGAACUCAACUUCAACUUCUUGACACGAAAGAGCAGCAUCGUGAUCGCACGAGUGCAUCGCCAUCUGCUAUGUCUGACCCUGCUCCUAUGACACCUACUGUGUCUCGAAAAAGACGUCGAGCUCAGUCCUUGGAAUUGGACAGUGACAACGAGGAAGCAACUAUUUAG